AUGGCCUCCAAAGCAACAGAGAAAACCUUUGAACGCCACCCUAGACCCCAGGCACCCACCUUGGGCAUAGUGCCCACCAAGGCGGCACUUCUUGGAAGGUCCAUCCAAAAGAAGAAGGAAGUCUUUACAGAUCCGUGGAAAACACUGUCUCUGCAAGGAGAGCUGGUACAGGGUAAAUCGAAAUGGUACCUGUGCUUACAUGAAGGACUUAUGGCAAUCGUGAAAAGUGUAGAGAUAGAGUCUGGCCGGCGAGAGCUCGAGAAGAUCAAGAAAUUGUCUAAUCACCCGCAUGUCGCGACAAUCAAUCAAGUAUUCGAGUCUGAGAAGUCGAUGUUCUUCAGGUUUGAGUACUCUAGAUUCACUCUAGAGGAAGUUCUCAAUGUACAUUUGUGCCUUGACGAAUGUCAUAUUCGGAUCAUUGCCAGUUCGGUACGCUCAAACUCCUUAGAGCAUGCAAAUUUUGAGGACUGUACAUGGAUAACGACCGAGAUCACUUCGAACAUCGACCUUGCCAACCUCGGAGUAAGCAUUCUAGAAUGCAUGAACGGCAAACCAAGCAAAGACCUGCGUAGCCCCGCACAAGUACGUCGCAAGCGAGAAUCAAACAAGAUGUUUGGUUUGAGCAACGGAGAAAGUUGGAGUGGCCACAAGCUCCUUGUAGACUUCCUCGAAAACAUGUUCAACGAUAGUGCGCCCUCAAUCGUCAAGCUUGAGAAGCCGCAUCCCUAUGUGACACAGCAACCAGGGUACAGUGCACUUACCCCGUUUCUGGAGCUAGUGUCUCUUGAAUGUCACGCUCUUUGGCGCCGAGCGGCGGUUAAGCAAGUUGGCGGCACGGAUUGAACUAGUCAUAAUUAGAAUCAGAUUAUGUGGUGUUGGGCGGCUAUUGAACGCUUUGGUAUAUUACGAGUCCAACUAGCCUUCACUAACAAUCAAC